AUGGCAAAGAACGAGAACUUUCUCAAGGCAUUUGACGAUGCCAGGGCGACUUUCCGAACAGAGUGGAUGGCGCUGGAGGAAAGCAGGUCAAUACUGCAUCAGCCGUAUGAAAUUGGCAGGGCACAACUGGGUGAAGAAAAUUUAAAGAUCCAACAGGGCGCCUACGCUCAAACGGUUGGAUCCCACGAUCGUAUUAAUCAAAUGCCGCAACAGAUUAACACGUUAGAAUCGCAUAAAAACCAGUUGCGCGAUGAAAAUAACAAGAUGCAAGCUCAGAUCCAUCAGAUGGAGGCGUGGUUUGUCCAAAUUGAAAAACAGACGGCACUGCCAGCGCAGCGGGGUGCAACAGAGGGUGAAAACGACUAUCUUCCACCUGAUGUUCACACCGUGACACAUACUGCCACGAUGGGCGGGGAUGCCGAACGGCCAUUUAACGCGCUGGGAGCCCAACCCCAGGUGGGAUUGCGAGGAAUUCUUGAGCUGAGAAAUAAGUUCGUGGAAAAUGGAUUCCAACCUGAAGAAAAUAUCCGGGCUUUUGAAAGCGCCCUAGGGUAUUUAUGGGUGGUAUCGACAGAGCAGCUACUGGCGGCGUAUCGUGGCUUUUUUUCAUUGUUCAUGAAACCGGGAUUUGAUUUAGGUCAGGCGUAG